AUACAAAAUAGUUGGUACUGCCAUUUUUUCUGUGCAUUCGAGAGGAGAUCAUAAUCACCGCCCCGACUACCUUUCCUUUCGCUCAUUUGCCUCUCAUUCUGUAGUUUCUUCACAAUCAUUACCCACCACUCCACCAGAAUUGCACUGUGAUUCUUACCUUCAUCUGCAUCACCAAACAUGAACAACUCUGAGAGUCCCCAAGACAUGGUUCCUCCAGUUGAAGGCGUUGCUGGAGGUGGGACAGCAUAUGGAUGGGGUGAUGGUAGCUUACAAAUACAGGAUCAAAGUCUAUUGAGAGGGACAAUUGAUCCUACCAGAGUUCCAUCUUCUGAAUUAGUACAUGUAUGGAGUAUGCCAAGCACUGCAAAUGUAGGACCUCAAGAAAUGCCUCGACCAUUAGAGCCUGUAUCUCUUUUAGCUGCAAGAAAUGAGAGGGAAAGCAUCCAAAUUGCUAUACGUCCUAAAGUUUCUUGGAGUGGAACCAAUAUUGCUGGGGUUGUACAGAUUCAAUGUACUGAUCUUUGUUCUACUUCUGGUGACAGGUUAGUCAUCGGUCAAUCAGUUACAUUGAGACGUGUGGUCCCUAUUUUGGGUGUUCCGGAUGCACUUGUACCAAUUGAAAUGCCAAUCUCACAGAUAAAUCUGCUUCCAGGAGAAACAUCUGCCAUUUGGGUUUCUGUUGAUGUUCCAAACACACAACCUCCUGGACAAUAUGAUGGAGAAUUUAUAGUUACUGCUACCAAAGCAGAUGCAGAAUAUGCAGCACAAUUUCUUGGUAAAUCUGAGAAACACCAACUAUACAGGGAACUCAAAAACUGUCUUGAUGUCAUUGAGCCAAUUGAUGGGAAAACAGUUGAAGAAGUGGUAGAAAGAGUAAAAUCUGCAAAUACAACUUUGAGAAGAGUUCUUCUAUCACCUUCAUUUUCUGAAUUCUUUUCAGAAAAUGGUCCCCUAGAUAUGAUGGAUGAAGAUGCAAACCUUUCAAUACGUUUGAAGCUAAGUUUGACUGUUUGGGACUUUGUUCUUCCGGAAACGCCCUCGCUUCCAGCUGUCAUUGGUAUAUCCGACACUGUAAUUGAAGAUCGUUUUGGUGUUAAACAUGGAAGUGCUGAAUGGUAUGAUGCAUUAGAACAACAUUUUAAGUGGCUUCUUCAGUAUAAAAUCAGUCCUUACUUCUGCAAAUGGGGUAACAGCAUGCGUGUUUUGACUUACACCUCUCCAUGGCCUGCUGAUCAUCCAAAAUCAGAUGAAUUUUUCUCAGAUCCUCGCCUUGCAGCUUAUGCUGUGCCAUAUAGUCCUGUAGUCCCUUGUGGGGAUUUGACAAAGGAUUAUCUGCAGAAGGAGGUUGAGAUUUUGAGAUCAAAAAGUCAUUGGAAGAAAGCCUACUUCUACCUAUGGGAUGAGCCACUGAAUGUGCAACAGUAUGAUGCUAUUCGCCACCAAGCUAGUGAGAUUCAUGCGUAUGCACCCGAUGCCCGUGUAUUGACUACAUACUACUCGGGUCCGAGUGAUGCCCCUCUUGCUCCAGACAACUUUCUCAAGGUACCAGGGUACCUACGCCCUCAUACACAAAUAUAUUGUACAAGUGAAUGGGUGAUUGGUAACCGGGAAGAGAUGGUGAAGGAUAUAAUUGCAGAGAUACAGCCAGAAAACAAUGAGGAAUGGUGGACAUACGUGUGCAUGGGACCACCUGACCCUCAUCCUAACUGGCACCUAGGUAUGCGGGGCACACAGCACCGUGCGGUGAUGUGGCGUGUAUGGAAAGAAGGUGGGACCGGGUUUCUGUACUGGGGUGCCAACUGUUACGACAAGGCAACUGUCGCCAGUGCCGAGAUCAAAUUCAGGCGGGGACUCCCUCCAGGUGAUGGAGUAUUGUUUUACCCUGGUGAAGUUUUCUCAUCCUCACAUGAACCGGUUGCUUCUCUUAGGCUAGAACGCCUUUUGAGUGGGUUACAGGACAUUGAGUAUCUGAAGCUGUAUAGUUCAAGAUACGGGCGGGAAGAAGGGGUUGGGAUUCUAGAAAAAACAGGGAUGUAUUUAGGGCCAGAGAGAUACACUCUUGAGCACACCCCAAUAGACAUGAUGCGGGGUGAGAUUUUCAGAACAUGUCGUUCUUUGUAGAGAAGAUAGUCAUCAAAAUUGUUUGUAGUCAUAUAAAUAAUAAAUGUGAAGAAUCAAAAUCACAGAAUAGUUGCAGGUCAUGUUGUUUUUGCUUAAGGCAUGACAUGCCAUAUAACACACAUGUUAAUUUUGAUACAUCUUAUAGAUCUUCAUAAGUCAACAUAA